GCGGCUGACCCGUUGCUACCAUCGCAGAUGUUCCACUUUACGGCUUGCUCGCGCUGGUGGUGAUGCACAUGCUCUCUGGCACGUCUUCACUAUCGAUCGCACAUUUAACCACGCACCUGCCACACUCGAUCCAAGUCUUGAUACCUCAAUGGGCCAGACAUCUUCCCUCGCUCGCACCAUUCGCCUCGGACUUGCCAAACGCCUCGCAUGAAUCUAAGCUGAGAGCUGCUGGCUCUGGCUUCAGCUCUGCCUGGGAAGCCGCGACUGGAGCAGCGGGCCCUUUCAGAAGCGACGCUGCUGGAUUUGGGCACCCUCUCAGCGCUCUGCACGCCUUUACACGCGCCUGUUUGGGGCUCUCGUAUGCCAUACCACCCUCACCCGAUCCUCUCACAUCUCCCGUCUCCGCAGCUGCGCAUGCUGCAGGUCUCUCAUCCCCUGCGCUCCAGCACCUGAGCGCCAAUUCCGAGCCUUGGGCCUGGCUGAUCGGCAAACCUGGAAUGCUGUACGGCAAGGGCCCCAAGGAUCUGCUCUUCGUGGCUACUGGCAUUCUAAUUUUCACCACCCUCCGAGCAGCCACCAUUCGAUAUGCUCUAGUCCCGCUGGCAGAGCUCGUCGUCAACCCUCCACUUCCAGCCGGUGAAAGGCAGGUACCCAAGGAUCCCAGAGCUGCAAAAAAAUGGAGAGAGUCAGCAGCUCGUCAAAGAAGGAGCACGGUCAUGCGUUUUGCCGAACAAGCUUGGUCCAUCAUCUUUUACGUCUCGACACUGUCUUUUGGUCUGUAUCUCGCAUAUCACGAGCCCUUCUGGAUGAGGACAGCUGGGCUGUGGGAAGAUUGGCCUAUCAGGCACCUCGACCGGCUCACCAAAUUUUACUACUUGACAGAGUGGGCUUUCUGGAUUCAGCAAAUCCUAGUCCUUCACGUCGAAGCGCGAAGAAAUGAUCACGUCCAGAUGCUGUGCCACCACAUCAUCACCAUCCUGCUCAUCACUGGCUCCUACUGCAGUCACUUUACCCGAAUCGGCAACGCCAUCUUGGUCCUGAUGGACCCUAGCGACAUCCUGCUAUCCUUCGCAAAGUGCCUGAGGUACAUGGGCCUCAUGACGGCUUGUGACAUCGGCUUUGGAGCAUUCAUGCUAUCGUGGGUAAUCACUAGACAGAUACUGUAUCCCAUCGUGGUCUACUCUUGCUUCAACAGCCCGCAGCGCUUGGCGGAGCCCAUCAGGCCCGAUUGGUCCUUUGGAGAGAAGGGCCCAUUCGGCUGGAAAGAUCCGGUACGAUUUGGCCUUGUCACGCUGCUUUGCUUGUUGCAAGUCCUGCUCUGCAUCUGGUUCACCAUGAUCGUCCGAGUGGCCUAUCGCGUCUUGGCAGGGUACGGAGCUGCAGAUUCUCGGAGUGACGUGGAGGAGGAGGAGGAGGAGGAAGAGGCUGUAGGCAAGUCGAUAGAGGCAUCGCGCGAGCCCACGUCAAAGGUUCACGCCGUCAAGGGAUCUGUCGACGGGGGUGACGGAUGGGGGAGCGUGGCCAGCGUAUCAAAACCAAGCCUUUCAGCUUCCAACUCCCCCAAUGCGACAUCUUCCGCUUCUCGGCGCCGAACCAAAGCGCGGUAAUCGAUGCACAGAGCGCUGCCACGGCAUUCAUACGGGCAUGCUUGUGAGGCUAUAAUACAUUUGAUUCUGCGAGUGCCGCGUGUC